AUGUCGUCCACCACCCGUCUCCGAAGCUUAAACAUCAACAACGUCAAUCCGCAUAUCGUGGAGGCUAAGUACGCCGUCAGGGGAGAACUGGCUGUGCGGUCGGAGGAGUACAGAGCAAGACUGGACAAGGGAGACAAGAGCCUGCCCUUCGACCAGGUCAUCUCGGCAAACAUCGGAAACCCCCAGCAGCUGGACCAGAAGCCGAUUACUUUUUUCAGACAGGUCUUGAGUCUGGUGGAAUACCCUCCGUUGCUGGAGAAGGAAGAUGUGCUGCUCAAUCAGUUGGGCUACAAGCCUGAUGUUAUCGAGAGGGCGAGAUGGCUGCUUGAGACGGUGGGAUCAGUGGGUGCAUACAGUGCAAGUGCUGGGGCCCCAGGGAUCAAGGAGAGCAUCGCAAAGUUCAUUGAGAGACGAGACGGCUUCCCAGCAGAUGCGAAAGACAUCUACCUCUCGGCAGGUGCCUCCUCAGGAGUCAACACUCUUCUGCACAUUAUGGCCGCUUCGCCCAAUACGGGAGUUCUAGUCCCUAUCCCUCAAUACCCACUCUACACCGCUUCUCUCGCCGUCCUCGACGCGAAGUGCGUCCCCUACUACCUAGACGAGUCCAAGGGCUGGGGAACAGAUCUCGAGGCUAUCAAGGCCGCAUACAAACAAGCUGUGUCUGAAGGGACCGACGUGCGCGCGAUUGUCAUCAUCAACCCUGGAAACCCCACGGGGGCCAGUCUCUCCGCCGACGAUGUCAAGGCUGUCAUUGAAUUUGCGGCCCAGGAGAAGCUUGUGCUGAUGGCAGACGAGGUCUACCAAACAAAUGUCUUCAAAGGCAAAUUCCACAGCUUCAAGCGCAUCUUGAGAGAGAUGCAAAAGGCGGACUCGGAGAAGUACAAGAAUGUGGAACUUGCUUCGCUGCACAGUAUUUCCAAAGGUAUGGUCGGCGAGUGUGGUCAUCGCGGUGGAUACUUUGAGCUCUGUGGCUUUGACCCAGAGGUUGUUGAGCAGAUCUACAAGUUUGUAUCGAUCAGCUUGUGUGCGCCAGUCGUCGGCCAAUGCUUGGUGGAGAUGAUGGUUAACCCUCCUCAGGAGGGCUCGCCAAGUUACGAGCUGUACAAGCAAGAGUAUGAUGGCAUCUUUGCUGGCCUCCAGAAGAGAGCUACUGCGCUCUACGAGGCUUUCAAGCAGAUGGAGGGUGUUGAGUGUGACGAGCCUCAAGGAUCCAUGUACCUCUUUCCCACCAUCAACCUCCCUCCAAAGGUCAUCGAAGCCGCCAAGAAAGAAGGUCGCUCUCCAGAUGAGUUCUACGCUUUCCGUCUCCUGGAUGCAACUGGAGUCUGCGUGGUUGCAGGAUCAGGCUUCGGCCAGAAGGAAAAUACUCUUCAUUUCAGAACGACGUUCCUCGCACCAGGCACCGAGUGGGUUGGCCGCAUUACCAAGUUCCACAAGGAGUUCAUGAACGAGUUCAGGUAA